AUGGCUUCUCUCGAAGACUCUGUUGUAAAGCUUGACGUGAACGAAGCUCCGAAUGAAGGACAACGGACCCCUCGCGGUGAACCCGCAGAGACCCUCACCUGCCCCGUAUCCGGCCACGCAUCUGCCGAUGGCUCCGUCUGCCCCGUCGCCCAUGCAAACGGCGCCUUACCCAUUCCGACGAUGCAAGAGAUCGACCCGGAAGGCAUUCGUCUUCACCUCGAGGACCGAAUGCGGUAUCUGAAGGACUUUUUGGGCUUCGGCGUUCGCGACCAGGAGAUCAUGAAACGCAUCGCGCCGAUCGUGUCCGGAUUGAUCAAUGAGACCGUCGAGCGCCUAUACGCCAACCUCUUCGAGUUCGACAUCACCAAGAAGAUCUUCAUGGAGCGCAACGACGGCUUUGACGGCGAGCUGCCUGAACGGUUGGAAGACCUCAAGCUCGACAGCCCACAACUUGUAUAUCGCAAGAUCUUCAUGCGCACCUGGUGCAGGCGCGUUCUCAUGGCUGACUAUACCUCCGCGAAAACCUGGCAGUACAUGGACAAGGUUGGCAUCAUGCACACUGGCGUCAAGUCAUUCAAGCAUCGCACGACGGUCUCGCCAUUACAUGUACCCUAUCGUGACUGUGCUUUGACGCUUGGCUGGGUACAGACUGUGCUUCACACAGCGCUCCUGAGUGUGCCAGAAGGUGACCUCAGCAUGGCCGAAAAGGUCGACGCUAUCGGCGCUCUGAACAAGGUACUCUGGAUACAAAACGACUUGUUCGCCCGUCACUAUAUCCCGAACGAGUAA